AGUUUACAGUAUUAUUAGAAGGGAUUACAAAAACAAAUACUAAUGACUUUGAAUUCAAGAAAAGAAAAAACAAAAAUCCACUCUGUCAUAUUAUUUACCAGGAAGCUCAUAGCUUUCAUCAACAACCAAAAACAUCCAAGAAAGCUAAUACAAACAAUUCAAUACCUUCCAAAAGCAACACUGAUCUAUUCCUUUUCCUGUCUGUCUAGUUCACACUUUCACAUGGAUAGACUCAGAUCACUGUCUAAGAGCAUGAAGAUCGAAGGAAACCCAUUUGGUUCCUCUCACCAACGCAAUCAAAUUUUCCUCAAAUUCGUCGCCUUCUUCCUCCUCGUCGGUCUCACUUACCGUCUCAUCGUCACCGAUUCCACCGACUCUCCGAUUGCACAAGUAAGAACCUCGCCGGAUCCUCCCGGUCUCACUGCCUCAGUUGCUCAAGCUCCAGCCCCCGUUGUUUCCCCAGUAAACAUCACCACUGCUGCUCCACAAAAUGCUUCCACAAAGUGUGACAUCUUUACCGGGAACUGGGUACCAGACCCAUCUGGUCCUCUCUACACCAACACCUCUUGUCGGCACAUCCAAGAACACCAGAACUGCUUGAAAAACGGACGCCCAGAUUCGAAUUACCUUCUCUGGAGAUGGAAGCCUCGCGACUGCGAUCUCCCUAGGUUCGAUCCACAGCACUUUCUCGACACAAUGAGGAACAAAUGGUGGGCUUUCAUCGGCGAUUCAAUCUCCCGUAACCACGUCCAAUCCCUUCUCUGCAUCCUCUCUCAGGUAGAAGAGGUAGAAGAGAUCUACCACGACAAGGAGUACAGAUCAAAGAUAUGGAGAUUCCCUUCUCACAACUUCACUCUCUCUGUCGUCUGGUCUCCUUUCCUUCUGAAAGCCGACGUCUUCGAGAACUCCGAAGGCGUUUCCUUCUCCGACAUUCAGCUCCAUCUCGACACCCUCGAUCCCAAAUGGACCGAUCAGUACGUCAACUUCGACUACGUUGUCAUCUCCGGUGGCAAAUGGUUCCUCAAAACAUCCAUCUUCCACGAGAACCACACCGUUACCGGAUGCCAUUACUGCCAGGGGAAGAACAACCUCACCGAGCUCGGUUACGGAUACUCAUACCGUAAAGCUCUCCGUCUGGUUCUUGACUUCGUCGCUGAUCCUAACCGUAAAGCUCAGGUUCUGCUCAGAACGACAACGCCUGAUCAUUUCGAGAACGGAGAGUGGAACAGUGGCGGGUUUUGUAACAGAACGAUGCCGUUUAAGGAAAGCGAAGGAGAGAUGAAGAGCGAGGAUGAAUUUAUGCGUGAUAUCGAGCUUGAGGAGUUCCGUAAGACCCAAGAAAAAGAAGAAGGUUCCAACAUUGCGUUACUUGACACUACUUCAAUGUCGCUUCUCCGACCAGAUGGACAUCCUGGACCGUACCGGUAUCCAAAUCCUUUCUCUGGGAUGAAGAUCAAGGAUCCGGUUCGUGUUCAGAAUGAUUGUCUUCACUGGUGCUUGCCCGGUCCGAUUGAUUCGUGGAAUGAUCUUAUGGUGGAGGUCAUGCUUAACCGGGAGAUUGAAAAGGAGAAUUAGCCUCUAUUUCCUGAUGUUUGUUUCUUUGUAAUUAGUUAUUUUGUUCUAUUAAAGCCCAUUAAUUU